UUGUCUAUAAGUGCAGCCAAUUCAUUUUUCCCAAAUUCACAAUUUCAAGCUAAUUAACUAGCUAGGCUUGUUAAUGGUUUUUUAUACUCAGAGAGACUUAGGGUUACAAUGCAAUCCUCCGGCAUUACCAACAAUGAAGCCACAUUUCAGAUUCCUUCUUCGUUUUUCGGUAACCUGGAGGAUGAUGAUUUUGUUGAACAAGAUCCCGGGAGAGAGGAUCACUUCAGCUUCCCUAGUGGAGCUACUGGAAAUGCUGCUGAUUUUCGGCUUUCGGGUGAUUUUGAUCAUAAGAACAAUGUGGCUUCGGAGGAGUAUGUUCCCCUUGUAUGUGAUCCUUUGUUGAUAAGCUUACUGCGUCCUCGCUGGAAGAAGCCUGAUGUUGUGAUUAACAAACACAGGCACAGAAAGAUUGUCACGGCUCAAGGCUCGAGAGACCGGAGAGUGAGAUUGUCCAUCCAAAUUGCACGCCAGUUCUUUGAUCUUCAGGACAAUCUAGGUUUUGAUAAAGCAAGCCAGACUAUUGAUUGGCUCCUCACUCAAUCCAAGUCGGCUAUAGAAGAGAUAGCCAAGAUCAAGCAAAGCCACUGCAAUGUUGCUGCAAAUGAAGUGGAAAAAGAUAUUGAAGCUGCUGAAAUUGGAGAAAUCUUGAAAAGAAAUUCAUCGGUGAGUAUUAGUAGUACCCGGAGUGUUGCCAAAGACUUGGGGAUCUCCGUGGAACAACAGCAUUCUAGUUAUUUUGCGAAGGAGUUGAGGGCCAGGGCAAGGGAAAGAGCAAGAGAAAGAACAAAAGCAAAAUUGGCGGUUAGAAAGCUCCUUGAAGUGCAGAAAUUAGGUUCCGAUUUUGGGUGUAUCACCCCAAACUCUUGGAAUCAAUUUAGUAGAAGUAGUGAGAUGAGUCAUUCAAUAGCAGCAUCAAUUUUAACAACAAAAAAGGUGAAUGCAGUUGAGAACUUGACAACUUAUAAUCAGCAGCUGAACGUUACGAGCUCAAGACUAGUGCCAUCGUCGUCGAUCACCAUUACUGAGAAUUGGGAAAUAAGUAACAAUUUUUCGCAGGAGAGUCCACCAACUGCAGGCUAUGGGGGUUCCGUAUACGACUGAAGGCACUGCAUAUAUCAGGAAUAAAUUUUUAUGAACAAGCAUUACCAGAGCAAUGUGUGAGUUUUAAUUAUAUCUAUACUUUCCUGUGUUGUCUUCCUUCUAUAAAUAUUUUCAAGCCUAAUUAAUUGGGAUCAUUGUACUUAUUUUACAAA